AUGAGCAAUAUCGAAAAUGCGGACAGUGAGUUUUGCAAACUGCAAAAUUCACCGAAAACAAGGAACAUUUCGAGCGUGUCAGUUAGAAACAAAGAUGAAUUCGAUUACCUCAAGCAAACUCAUCUUUAUUAUGAUAAUUUGGAAAAGAAAAAGCAUAACACACCAUUAUUAAUUGGUUUAACGUAUCGCAACGGUGAGUUGACAUGGGACGACGGACGAGCAUUCGAUCAUCAUGGAUUCUUCGCUAAGCUAAUUAACACAAAUUUCCACGAUCUCGACUGUAGACGUUAUUUGCUAUAUCGUGUUCCUCGAAGUUAG